UCCAAGAAUAACGCGUCUCAACUCUCAACCUCGGGACAAACGGCUCUAACACAAAUUCCUUCGUGCGUACAACAAGUAUUUUCCGGCGAGGAAACCGACGGAUUUUCGUUGUGCUAAAUUCGUCGAAGAAUCGUGAAGAUGCAAACUGCUGCUGUGAUUUUGAGUCCAUCAUCUUAUUCCUCCGUCACUAGACCGCAACAAACCCCAGAUUCCUCAUCAUCUUUCCCAUCUUCAACUUCAUAUUCCACGAUCAAUCCAUUCCCUAAGAUAUCUUCUGGUUUCUUGGGCACUCGAAUCUCUCUUGCUUGGGGCGGUUCAUUCUCAUCUAAAAUUCGAGUUUCACAGGGGUCACGCCGGAAAGUUAUAAUAAAGGCUGUUGCAAGUACUCCAGAAUCGGUUGUGGAAUUGGCUCUUACUGCAGAAAACAUUGAGAGUGUUCUAGAUGAAAUUCGGCCUUAUCUGAUUGCAGAUGGUGGAAAUGUGGCGUUACAUGAAAUUGAUGGAAAAAUUGUACGCCUAAAGCUACAAGGAGCUUGUGGUUCAUGUCCAAGCUCUGUAACCACAAUGAAAUUGGGCAUUGAAAGACGUUUGAUGGAGAAGAUUCCUGAAAUUGUUGCUGUUGAACCCAUACCAGAUGAAGAAACUGGCCUUGACCUUAAUGAAGAAAAUAUAGAGAAGGUUCUGGAAGAAAUACGACCAUAUCUUGUUGGGGCAGCAGGUGGAUCAGUGGAGUUUGUGUCAAUAGAAGAGCCGAUAGUAAAAGUACGGUUAACGGGGCCCGCAGCAAGUGUGAUGACUGUCAGAGUAGCUGUCACCCAGAAAUUACGCGAAAAGAUCCCUGCCAUUGCAGCUGUUCAACUCUUACAAUAAUAAAUUCCACUCAAACCUAUUUGUACAUGUUAAAUACGAAAAACGAUUAUAAUUGGGUAAUUCUAUAUGUACCCCAAAUUGCUUCGUGUAUCCUCUUAUGAGUGAAAUAGUGUGUGUAUCCUUCAUGAUUUGAAAAUUUAUGUGAUUGAGGGGUACGUAUAGCAGCAUCCUUAUAAUUCUGUAAAUUAAAAGAGUGAAUUACAAUUUUGCCCCUAUGCUACGGUUAUUGUUUAUGUGGUGUUAUUUUGUUUUUUAUUGUUUAUUGUUGAACGAGAA